AUGGAAGGUUCUGCGGAGACCUUACUACGUUUGUCAUCUGCAAUCGCUCUCGAGCUUAUCCAAGCUCAUGAAAGUGGCAAGACCGUAAACUUGAAUGAAAUCAGGGCAAGGCUUUCAAAAAAAAUGGGGUAUGGAUCUGUGCCGCGUCUUGUGGAUAUAAUAAGUGCGGUCCCUGAGGAAUAUAAGAAAACUCUUCUUCCAAAGUUGAGGGCACGGCCCAUCAGAACGGCCAGUGGCAUUGCCGUUGUUGCUGUGAUGUGCAAACCGCAUCGAUGCCCACACAUCGCAAUGACGGGCAACAUCUGCGUAUAUUGCCCAGGAGGACCUGACUCGGAUUUUGAUUAUAGUACUCAGAGUUACACUGGUUACGAACCGACGAGUAUGCGGGCAAUCCGAGCGAGAUACGACCCAUACGAGCAGACAAAGGGCCGAGUGGAGCAGCUUCGAAGCUUAGGUCUUAGUGUGGACAAGGCCAGUGCCUAUAUUGAGUUUAUUAUCAUGGGGGGAACCUUCAUGAGUAUGGCGGAAGACUACAGGAACAAAUUCAUCGCCCAGCUGCCUAACGCAUUAUCCGGAUUCACGGGGACAAAUGUCGAUGAAGCUGUCAGGUAUUCAGAGCAAAGUAAAUCUAAAGCAAUUGGCAUCACCAUCGAGACUCGGCCAGAUUACUGUCUUCGGCCACAUUUAAGUCAAAUGUUGCGGUAUGGAUGCACGCGGCUCGAAAUUGGGGUUCAGUCUGUAUACGAGGAUGUAGCCAGGGACACUAAUAGGGGCCACACUGUCCGAGCCGUUUCGGAGUCGUUUCAUUUAGCAAAGGACGCUGGGUUUAAAGUGGUGGCCCACAUGAUGCCCGAUCUACCCAACGUAGGAGUGGAACGAGAUAUGGAGCAGUUCAAGGAAUACUUUGAAAACCCAGCGUUCCGAUCCGAUGGUUUGAAAAUAUAUCCUACUCUUGUCAUUCGUGGCACUGGGUUGUACGAGUUGUGGCGAACGGGAAGGUACAAAAAUUAUACGCCCAAUGUCCUGGUGGAUGUUGUCGCACGAAUUUUGGCCUUGGUUCCCCCGUGGACACGAGUAUAUCGAGUCCAGAGAGACAUCCCGUUGCCACUCGUCACAUCUGGCUGCGAAAAUUCGGGUAAUCUGCGGGAGCUCGCUUUGGCUCGCAUGAAAGACUUCGGUGUCGAAUGCCGCGAUGUUCGGUAUCGCGAAGUUGGGAUCCACGAAAUUCAUCAGAAAGUUCGGCCAACCCAUAUUGAGUUGUUACGGCGCGAUUACACCGCCAACGGUGGGUGGGAGACCUUCCUAUCGUUCGAAGACCCUGAAAAAGAUAUCCUGGUGGGACUUCUACGUUUACGAAAGUGCUCCGAGGAAGGGACAUUCCGACCCGAGCUCAUUGCCCCUGGAUCAGACGAUGGCGAUGAAGGCGGUGGUUAUGGAAGUAGCGGGACAGGGGUCAGUAUUGUCAGAGAGCUGCAUGUUUAUGGCACAGCAGUGCCGGUUCAUGGUAGGGAUCCGACAAAGUUCCAGCACCAGGGUUUCGGGACACUCCUGAUGGAGGAAGCAGAGCGGAUAGCUCGAGAUGAGCACGGAAGUGUAAAGCUGGCUGUGAUAUCAGGUGUCGGGACUAGAGACUACUAUCGCAAACUGGGAUACGAACUUGAUGGGCCAUACAUGUCCAAAUCUCUAGUGAAAACUUAA